GUGGGGCGAGAGCGCGGUCCUCACGCCGGGAAACACUAGAGCAGGGAUCCGAUAUCGUCUGUGAUCGGCAUAAUUCGAUAUAGCGCGGCUCAUCCAAUUAUGCUGUGAGCCUUUGCGCCAGCGGAGACAGAGGAAGCACGCGCCCCGCGCGGCGCGGGCCUCGCUUGGCGGAGCUCAUGUUAGCGGGGUUGUGAGCUGUGUAGGCAUGGAGUACGGGUACUUGAGCGGGGCCGGCGGCGGCUUCGACAGCGGCUGCUUGGGCUCGGGCGGCGGAGAGCUGUCGUGGGGCGAGCUGGCGUCAUGCGGCCAGAUGUCGCAAGCCGCGUACCGCUACCAGGGCAUGCGUUACCAGCCGCCACCGCCACAGUGCGCUCGGCCGCAGGAUGCAGCCAUGAGAAACCAUCAUAUAUUCCCACCCAGCAUGAACUUACAGCCCGGAUUGCCGUACAAAGUGUACGGCAGCCACGAGGGCUCCCUCACAGAGAAGAGGAAGCAGCGGCGCAUCCGGACCACCUUCACAUCGGCACAGCUCAAGGAACUGGAGCGCGCCUUCCAGGAGACGCACUAUCCGGACAUUUACACGAGGGAGGAGAUCGCAAUGAAGAUAGACCUUACGGAAGCUAGAGUACAAGUUUGGUUUCAAAAUCGGCGCGCAAAGUUCCGCAAGCAGGAGCGGUUGGCGCAGCAGAAGGCGGGCGAGGCGCCAGUGAAGGCGGAGGGCAAGCGGGACAAGACCUCGUCGCCGUCGUCGUCACCCCACCCUGCACCAACUGCGCCCGCGCCGCAACCUGCGCACCACGCCCUGCCACACCUAUCACCACCUGACCUGAAGCCCAUUACUUCGACAGCAAACAAACUGUGUGAUGACUUGAACGGCGUCGGGGGCGGCGCGGGCAUGCCUCCAGUGAGCGGCGCCGGAGGGGGCAAGUGGUCCGGGGGCUGCGGGCUGCUGCGCCAGCCGUCCGGGUUCCCGCUGCUCGGGGUCGCGCCGCCCAACUACCUGCUCUCCGACCAUCUCGGCACCCUCGCCAAAACGAAUAACCAUCUUUUCUAAUGGGCGUAGAAUAAACGUCGCCUCGCCGCCACCGCGUGCCUAGAGAUCGAUGUGUCAUCACUAGACGCUGAUUCCCGGCCUCGCAUUCCAUGCGACAUUCCAUGCGACGGACGCCUGCCUGUGAAGUGAACUCACAUCUCGAGUUUCCGAAAACAAUAAGUGACUGAAACAUAGUGAAAGAAAUACUCCAAGUGCCAAAACGUGUCCACUAAUGUAUUGUCGCAAUAAUGAACUUUGUAAGCGGAUUUUUAGAUAAAUAUUUAAUUUUAAUCGUAACGAUGUGGUUUUACGUACGAAUCCAUGUACGAGGGUGUAUAGUUUUUAGAAGGAUUAUUGGUUAAGUGUAAAUUUAAGUACUGUUAUAAAGCAUAGAGAAAAAGUUACGAUUUGUGUGAUAUUUAACGUAUGUAAAUAACAUUCCAACCGUCGUAUACGUUUAUCAAGUAUACUUAUUAAACUAUAGGAAAAGGUAAUCAUUGUAUUCGGCAGUUUUUUCUUUUGAAAUUGAAUAUUUUUGUGUGAAAAUAUUUAUUUAGACUAAUUUACUUCCAUGUUUAAAACAUAAUAAUCUAGUCAAAAUAAAAAUAUUAUUAUCAAAUGACUUUAUGUAUAUCACGAAUAUUUCUAGUAUUCUUUUCUAAAGAGAGAUAUUUUAAACGUUACUUUAGUGAUUCUGGGAAUUAGUGUGGAUAAAUUAUGUAAAUAUGUAAUAAAAUACUGUAUAUAAAUGCAUAGUGGCUGUACCCGAGUGUAUGUAAUUAAACUGACGAAUUCGUCGAGGGUGUUUUAAUAAAAAGAAUAAUAAAUGGUCC